GAUUAAGAUUUCUCAGUUCAUUAAUUAAUUAUAAGUGUCAUCUAAAUGCAAAAGUAAUGUGUGGAAGUACUUUAUUCGAACGGAAAUGGGUGGUACAUGUAAAAUAUGUCAAACAGAUGUAAGAACUGGUGGAAAUACCACAAAUUUAAGAAAUCAUUUAAAAAGAAAACAUGAGAAAACAUUAAGUGAAGUAAAUGAAUUGGAUGUUAUAAAAAAACAGAGGCUGCAAAGUGAACACAACAAUACUAACGAAUGUGAAGAUGAAUCUAUAUUAAUAACAGACAUAGAGUCAGCAUCAUCUUCAACUUCAACAUUCUCAACACUCUCAACAGUAUCUACAAAUAAAAGCGAAAUAAUAAAAACAAACAUAAAACAUAAUCAACCAUUAAUAGAUAAAACAAUAAUGAACAUGAGAGCCUACGAAGGUGGAGGUGUGAAACAUGGGCAAAUAACAAAUGGAAUUCUUUUCAUGAUCGCUAAAAAUAAUUUGCCUUUUAAUACAGUUGAGAAAGAAGGUUUCCAAUAUCUUAUGAAAAUGACUGUACCGUUAUACAAAGUUCCCGGAAGAAAAAAGAUAACAAUUUUAAUGGAAGAGAAAUAUGAAUUGCUUUCAAAUAUAAUGAAAGUUAAGUUAUCUGUUAUUGAGCAUGUAUGUCUAACAACAGAUGUGUGGACGGAUACUCUUAAUACCAGAAGUUAUUUGGAAUUAACAGUACAUUUUGCUUCAAAUGGAAAACUAAACUCUGUAGUUAUUGGCGUUACUGAAUUGAAUGAAAGACAUACUUCAGAUUACCUCGGACAAUGGUUAUCACAAAUAUGUACUGAAUGGCAUAUCAAAAAGGAUAAUAUUACAGCUAUCGUAACAGAUAAUGCAGCGAACAUUACGAAAGCAAUUAAUGAUGUAUUUGGAAAGAAUAAACAUUUGCCUUAUGAACUACGAAAACAUGAAACAAAAAAAUUGAUUCAGUCUGUUCCGACGCGAUGGAACUCUGUAUAUUAUAUGCUGGAACAAUUUGUUGAACUAUCCGAAAGUAUUAGUUUAACAUUAUUAAAAUUUCCGAAAGCACCUUCAAUGUUGUCAGCUUCUGAACUGCAACUCGCUAAAGACAUAAUGCAAGUAAUGAGUCCAAUUGAAGCAGCUACAAAAGAGAUUUGUGGUGAGCACUAUACCACAGGAAGUAAAGUAAUACCAUUAAUUAAUUGCCUAAAGAAAAAAAUAAAUAAUUUAAGUUUUGAUUUGAUCUCUCCUACGGCUCUAAAAUUACUUGAUUCACUUAGUGCCAAUAUUAAUAUGCGAUUUGGAGCAGUAGAACAAGUUACUAUAUUAGCCAUAUCAACUAUUCUGGAUCCUCGAUUCAAAAAAUUGCAUUUCAACAAUUCUAUUGUCUGCUCACAGGCAAUUAACAAAAUAGCUCAGAAAAUGGAAACUUUAAAUAACAAUAUACCAAGAAAAGAAAAUAUAGCAACAAUCGCAACAGAGAAUGCAAGUCUUUCGAAUGAUAUAUGGUCAUUUCAUGAAGAUCUUGCAAAUAACAUUCAGUAUAUUAAUAAUGAAAGUGACGAAAUUCCAACCGAUCUAAAACAUUAUCUUAAUCAACCUACGAUUGGAAUCGAUUUUAUUAGAGAAAUCGAACAUCCCUAUUUCGAUCUCAAAGAGCCGAGCUCGCUCUGUCAGAGGGUACAGGUAUCUCAAAACACUCUCGGAAUAGUGGCCUGGAGAAGCUCGCACUAUCCCGAGAGCAGGGAGAACUCGCUGGAGACCACCCACGGAGCCCUAGAUAUAGCGGGCGUGG